CGCUGCUCCAGCGCCAGCACCGGCACCGCCAGCACCAACGCCAGCAUCAGCACCCGAUCACCGCCCCUCUACUACGGCGCGACGCCCCUCGUCGCCGGAGACGACCGUCGUAUGAAUCCUCAACAGCUGGCAAAGGUACCGUAAUCCUUAUUCUGUAUCUGUAAUCCUUUCAUCCUUCUCCAUCUCUCUGCUUUACAUGAUCGCUUUACCCCCCCCCCCCCCUGCAAUGCCACUCGCUCAACUCGACGCUUCAUUUUCCCUCCUUUCACUCUCAUGAAGCUUGCCGCUCGGUUUCUGCAGUCGCAAAUCACAAUCGCGACGCUGUGCCGCCGCACCAACAAGACGACGACGACGACAACGACAACAACAAACUGCGGCCGCUGUUGUCGCUGAAACUGAAGCCUGAGCUGCAACACGACGUCAACAAUGGACCGGCAUACCAUUCAAUUCGACUGACGCCCUUGAUUGAAACACUGCCUUCGUCAGUCGGCCGCCUUGGUCUGGAACCUAUACAAUUCAUCGCCAUCAUCGCCUCCACCACUGGCGGCGGCACAAUCUAGCACAAGACAGCCAUAACUCGGAAGAGACACCGAGCCCCGAGCCUCGAGUCCGUCGCCUAAUUGAAGGGGGUGGAAACAGACAGACACGAGGCCAACCAACACCACGCCUCUAACGGGUGGCGCAGACAAGGAAGGGCGGGCGAGUCGGCGACUAGUCUAGGCCACACGUCCCGGCCGCCUGAUCCUGUUCACGUCCCGAGGGACGGGACAGACAACGAAGCGGGCCGAGUAACGCUUCGCGAAAAGAAGAAAAAGAAAGGAAAAGGUAAGUAUGUGAUUCCACACUCGUUGCUUUUUCCAUGUCUCUCCCACCUUGUGCACAUUCGUCGACGGCAGUUCUGGCUUCAUUUCGUUUCAUUUGUUUUCCCCCCUCCCGCCGUCCCGCAUCACUGCCAUCUUUCCCUUCUCCCCUUUGAAUUCGCAUGGGCAGAGGAAGCAGAAGCAACCGGGGACACAACACAGACGAGCACUCAGGAGACGAAAUCGGUUGCGCACCGUGGUCUUUUGGCGUCCUUCGAGUCCUCCUAAGGAGCGAGCAUGGGACCCGGAGGCCAUGGCCAUGGCCAUGGUCAUCGGUACCACGCCGGUGCCUUGCUUCUUUCGUACUAUUAUUCGACACUGCUUGGAACUGCGAUUUCCCUUGCGCACUCGCGCUGACUCCUACUCUUGGGGGCCAUGUGAGGCGUGUGCGUGUUGGGCGUGGGAGUGCGAGUGACGGAAGAAUGUGUGUGUGUGUGUGUGUGUGUGUGUGUGUGUGUGUGUCUUGUCUGUCUGCACUGCACGACUUGUCACCUCUCGCUCAUCUGCAAGUCAUGCAGGCAAUGUACACUGUGGUGCCUGACGGUAUUUGCAUUGUACCCUGUCUCCCUCUCAUGUUGCCUCUCCUAUUCAGCUCUCCCUCUCUCACGCCCUCUCCCUCUCCUGCUGCCCCUCUUCACUCGUUCUUGACACUGCUGCUGCUGACAUUGGCGCUGGUGUUCCCGUCGCUAUCGCCGCCGCUGUGGCAUCUCCUCAUCGGUUACUGGCUUGUCCCUUUCGUCUGCUUGUCUGGGCCAUCUCACUCUCACCUGUGGCGGAUCGCCCACCCCGCAAUAACUACAGCGUCCUGGACAUAAUAACGGCACAGCAGCGCCGGCAUCUCUCUGCGACAACUCAUUCUCAUCUCGAUAUUUUUUUGUUUCUUGCGGUAAAAGUCAUGGUCUAGUCUAACGAGUGCCGCCGUGCAAACAGGAGUUCGAACCGCCCACAGGGUAUGACUACCUCGACAUACAAGCUUCAAGCAAUGACAUGCGAUACGAACACAACUCCAAUGCUUCUCUGUCGACGAUCGAAGGCCCUUCGCAGCAGCCGACGGCGCUCUUAAACCUGUUCAAUCCACCUAUAACCAACGCGACGUCGUACUCCCCAGAAGGCGGCUUCUACCACACAGCCGCCUCUCAGAUCUUUCCCAGCCUGGACGUCAGGCCUCGCCUGGGCUCAAACAUCUCUUCGACGGGCAUGGCACAUGCCCACCGCUCCACAGCAUUACCCCAUCCUGGCGCACACAUCACCACUCGAGACCAGUAUUCUCCGGCGAGGCCAUCUUACAGGAGGGUGUCGGAGCACCAGCCUAGAUCUCCAUCGUACCCAGCUGCUUUACGACGCCAUCCCAUAUCUCCGACCACUAGUCCCAUCACCGGCUUUACUGCACCCGCCGCCCUGAGAAUGGAUCCCGGCCAUUACACUUCGUCCUCCUCCAGGGUGCAGACGAGCGUGCCCCCGCUGAGCCCUAUUACAGACCUCGGCAUCCUCCAGCACACGGAUGGCACACAAGUCAAGGUCGACAUCCACGGCAACAUCGACAAGGGCUUCUUCCAGUCCGAUGGCGACUGGACGUGCUACAGGAGGAAUUACUUCUCCUGCAUCUGCUCCUUCUCCUUGAACCCGCAUUAUCCCGGCCAGUCCUUGCAAUUCACGCAGCAAGGCUCGACGCAGUCGUACUCGGUGAGAGGCUUCGCCAUGUCCAUCUCGGCCGUUGUCGCCGAGAACGAUUCCCACACGAUCGAACUGGUCCAGCACACGCCCAAGAGGGACAAAGGCCCGGUCGAGAAGCCUGGGAAGGUGCACCUUCACCCGAAGCACCCUCAGAUGUCGCACCCGAUGGGUAUCUACCACCCAGACACCGGGCUUGGAGGGCCGUCGAGGAUUGGAUUCCCCGACAACACGACCUACGGCGGUCAGCAAAGCGGCGACCCCUACCAAACGGAGCACACGUUCGAACGUAUCCAAUUCAAGCAGGCGACAGCGAACAACGGAAAGCGGCGGGCUGCACAGCAAUACUACCACCUUUUGAUCGAGCUCUGGGCGGACGUCGGUUCGCAGGUCCCGGACAAGUUCAUACGGGUCGCGUACCGCAAGUCAGCCAAAAUGAUUGUGCGCGGCCGCUCGCCGGGACACUACCAGAGCGAGAGGCGUGCCAGCACCAGCAGCGGGCCGGGAGGAUCGGGCGGCAGCUUCACCGGGUACCCGAACAGCUCCAUCAUGGGUUCCGACUUCGGAUCUGCAGGUGCCAUGAUGGGAGGAGGCUACGGGGCAAGUUUCGAUUCCCGCGGAAACGCUCCUUACGGGUCGACUCGUCACCACCACGAGCUAGAGCACAUGCUACCUCCCGAGGACUCCAAAGCUAUCGACACGACAAAGGAAUACCAGUAUUACCCCGGAACCAUGUACGACGGGACCGAUUCGAGAGGAGGAGUGGACAUGUUUACCCAUCAUCGGCAUGGGCAAGACAACAUGGUACCGCAUGUCGGGUCAAACUACGACCCACUCCACGACAGAGUCAAGCGCGAUCCCGAAAUACUGCCAAGUAUCUUCCAGCCUGGAGCACUCAUGUCGAAUCAAAGGUGCGGUCCCUUUGAGGGCAAGCCGACGUCCAGUGGGUAUUAUCCAACCAUGCCGCAGUCCGGAGUCAAUGUUACGAACAUGACAUGAUGCCGGGCGAAAGUCUCGGUACAUGACAGAGGUGUAGCGCCACGACGGACGGCAGCCCAAGCAGGACAGAACAGAAGUAUAGUGUAAAGAAUCAUCGACGAGUGGUCAUUAUUCUCUGGGAAAGGAGUGCACUUACUUUACCCCGUGUUCGAUUCCUGAAGAAAUAUUGAAAAUGCGGCAUACAACUUCCACGAUGGGAUUACGGCGCAUGGAAUCAAGAACAACAGCAACAACACAAGCAUCAAGGCCACAAUUCCGAUCGAUACCCGAACAAGACUGACUGAAUGUGGGACAUAAGAGCAAAUAUACAAACCAGGUCAAGGGAAAAGAGAAGAGUGGAAAAGAAGGAAUCAACAGGAAUCAACGGCGAACCGGCGCGUGGAAAACAAAAAGGAGACGAGAUGAUUUGUGGCAUUAUAUUGGUAGGGAAAGGGAUCUGAAGGGAAAAUUUGCCCAAAAUAAUACCCGUCGAACUAUCAUGGGAAGGAAAAGUUUGAGAGAGAGAGAACAAACACUUGUCAGCUAUGGGUCACCACGGGUUACAGUCCAACAGCAGGCAUUGUUCGGAAUACCCGCCGCGCAAUCCUUUUGGCUUUUGUAUUUCUUUUCUUUUUCCGUUACCGCCUUCUGCUUCUUUGUCUUCUUCUUUUCCUCAGUUCGUGUUGAUUUGUUUGUCGGAAACCCCCCCCCCCCCCUCUCCACCCCUCGCUUCGCUUCAAUGGUCAUAUGGUUUAUGUAAUAAUGCGAGGAUUCGAAACAUUCGCUUCAGCAAAGACGACUUUAUUCUUCUCUGUUCUUCUUCGUAUCCUACUUUUUUUCUUUAUUGAUCACGUCACUUGUAGGAGAUACCAAAAACUAGGAGAAAAUGAGGGGGGUUCCACCGAGUAUGGGAGAUGAGAUGGAGGGAGACGGACGGGUUAAAGGAUCAGGAGACUCGGAGAGAGAGAGAGAGAGAGAGAUAGAUGGGCGUUGGAGGAACCAAUUGCUAGGGAAGCAACGGCAGGCGCCGAUGCUAGAUAGUUGGGUUGUUGGUCCCAACCAGCUUGAUUCCCUUGGGACUACUACACAGCAGCAGUUCUACUCACUGUACGAGCUUUACUACCUGCCGCGGGCCGUGCCCAAUAACGUUGUCCUGCGGACACACCUGAAAUUCAAUACGACUUUUCCCUCGACUU